AUGUCUCAACUUCAGAGCAAGGACAUCAUCUUCUCAAAUUACGGCAACGGCAAACAAACCUUUAUCAUACCCUUGACUUUCACAGAUAUAAGCGAUGCUAAGGGUAUCAUCACAAGAAUCGGAUAUGGCGGUGAUGUUUGGGAAUUGAGAGUGGACCUUCUUAGCCCACCUGGCAAUGAGGUUGGCGAUGUGAAUCUGCCUUCCUUAGUUUACGUCAAGGAGCAGGUGGAGGCUCUCCAAGCAAUGUCUUCCCUGCCCAUCCUUUUCACUAUCCGCACCAAGUCGCAAGGUGGCAAAUUUCCUGACGAUGCGAGUAAGGAGGCUUUGGACCUCAUUUUGCUUGCUAUUGCGUCCGGAAUAUCCUAUGUUGAUGUGGAAAUUGAUUGGCCUCCGGCUAUGCUCAAAGAGAUUAUGGAGAAAAGGGGUUCCACAAAAGUCGUGGCCUCCUACCAUAGCUGGACUGGCAAGGUGGGAUGGACGAGCGAAGAGCUCAUGCAGAAAUUUGCUGCAGCGGAUGCGUUUGGUGAUAUCAUCAAAUUAAGUAUACUCUCACCCACAAUCGAGGAUUGCUACGAGCUUAGCUUGUUUGUUCGGGAUUACAAGCUAAAAUAUUCAAAACCACUCCUGGCUGUGGGGAUGGGGGCAAAUGGGCAGCUUUCAAGAAUUACGUCCCCGAUCUCACUUGUCACCCACCCCUUGAUUCCAUUCCCUUCGGCGCCUGGUCAACUCACUUUAGCGCAAGUCCAUCAAGCACGUCACCUCAUUGGGCAGCUACCUAAACAGGAAGUUUCAGUGGUAGGCAAGGAAAACGUCACUCAGAAGGUCUCGCACGCUCUACAAGCUGCCUUCUUGGAGUUGGGAUACCCGCAUUUGUGCAGUGUCUACAAAGGAAAAAAUGGGAAUGUGACUUCGGAACUCGACGUAACUGGUUUGGGUUCUACUUCCUCCAUGGUUACGGCAGUUGCGGAGGCGUUUGUGCAAUACACAGGGAGGCCUGUACCGUGUUCCAACAGCCAGGACAGAAUGCCCUCUCUAUUGAAGAUCAAGGAUAGCUCUGCCUUCCCGGCGCCAAAGUCAGUUUAUAACUGGCGGGUGUAUGCCUUGGCCAUCUCUGCGAGCAUGGGCUCUUCCAUGUUUGGAUACGACUCAGCCUUUAUUGGUGGUACCAUAACCUUACCAUCAUUUAAGAGCAGGUUCGGGCUUGACAGCGAUUCUAAGGAGGCUCUUGCUUCGCUCAGUGCCAACAUCGUGAGCACAUUCCAGGCUGGCUGCUUUUUUGGGGCUAUCCUAGUGUCAUAUUUCACUGAGAAAUUUGGUCGCAGAAUACCCUUGCUAUCUUGCGGUAUUCUAUUUAAUUUGGGUGUUGUUUUGCAACUUGCUUCUUCUGGUAACCUUGGGCUUAUCUACGGCGGUCGUGCACUGACUGGGCUUGCUGUCGGUGCCUCCUCCCUCAUCGUUCCUCAGUAUAUCGCAGAAUGGUCGCCACCUGCGAUCCGAGGUCGACUAAUUGGAAUUUUCGAAAUGGUCCUCCAGCUGUCUCAGAUUAUCGGCUUUUGGGUCAACUAUGGGGUAAAUGAGCAUAUUUCCGGUUCUUCUGAUGCGCAGUGGAGAAUUCCCUUUAGCCUACAGCUUAUUCCUGGAACUCUGCUAGUUAUACUUAUGCUGCUACAACGCGAGUCACCUCGAUGGCUGAUCAAAAAUGGCCAGCGCGCAAAAGCAAUUGAUAAUCUCUCCUUCGUCCGAAAACUUCCCGUGGAGGACGCCUAUAUCCAGUGGGAGGCUGACACAAUCGAGGAACAGCUAAGGCAUGAAGCUGAGGUUGGUGCUAGCCAGCCAUUCCUCGUGAAGAUCAAGGAAGUGUUUCUCCCUAGGAAUCGAAACCGACUUUUGGUUGGCAUGUCCUUGAUGAUGUUACAGAACCUUUCGGGCAUUAACGCACUCAAUUACUACUCGCCUACUAUCUUCAAGUCCAUUGGUUUCUCCGGUACUAGUGUCGGGCUGCUAGCAACCGGAGUCUUCGGCAUCGUGAAGUGUACAGCGACUAUCCUUUUCAUGGUAUUCGGAAUUGACCGUCUCGGCCGUCGCAAGUCUAUGAUAAUUGGCUCUUCGGGCGCCAUCGUCGCCAUGUAUUACCUUGGUGCCUACACCAAACUCUCUGGGUCUUUCGAAACUCCUGCAACUAGAGAUGCUGGUGCUUAUAUAGCCAUUGUAAUGGUCUAUAUUUUUGCUGUUUUUUACGCCAUCUCCUGGAACGGUAUCCCGUGGGUUUUCUGUGCCGAGGUUUUCCCGACUGUGGCUGGGGCAGUUCAUAAUUACUUACUCGACUCCCUAUAUGAUGGUAAACAUCACGUAUGGUACUUUCCUUUUUUUGGGAGCUCCGUGGUGUGCGGUCUGAUUAUUGUGUAUUUGUUCAUGCCGGAGACUAAGGGCUUUUCAUUGGAGGAGAUGGAUAUUCUCUUCAGUAUCCGCGGCUUCGCACUUGACAAGCGCCGAGGCGCAGAACGUGCUAUUGCUGAUCAGCGAGCGGCCGAACAGACGGUCGUUGAGAAUAAGGUUGGAACACAGCAUAUGGAGAACACUGCUUCUGUCUAA